AUGGCGAUUGCAAGCUUUACAAACUCAUUCAAGCUCCGUCUCCCCUUCCGCCGCCGCUCCAAGCCGAGAACCGGGAUCCCUCAACCGGAAACCGCCAACUACGUUGGCGGCGGCGACGAUAAGGAAGGGGAGUUCCGGCAGGUUUUUCGAUACCUCGACGCGAACAACGACGGCAUGAUCGCCGCGGGUGAGUUGAGUGCUUAUUUCGCUUCGAUAGGCGAUUCCGUUUCCCACGAGGCGGCGGAGAAGAUCAUAAGGGAGUUCUCAAAGGGCGGCGGCGCCGCCGCCGCAACCGAGAAUUCGUCGCCGCUACUUGAGUUUGACGAUUUCAUGCAAGUGAUGGAAUUAAGGGAUAGCGAGGACGAUAGUGCUGUGCUCCGGCGAGCUUUCGAGAUGUACGUGGCAGAUAACGGCGGCGGCUGCAUCACGGCGGAGGGGCUCCUAAGAGGUCUCCGGCGGCUUGGGGAUGUGAGAUCUCAUCAGGAAUGCGAGGAGAUGAUUAGGGUUUUCGAUCUUGAUGGGAAUGGGGUGCUCGAUUUCCAUGAAUUUCACAAGAUGAUGACUUAG